UGAAAAUAAUUACCGAGAGCAGGGGUCACCUCCGCACCUGCUCUCCUUUCUCAGACGGACCUCAUCAUCGUCGUCAAAUCUCAAUUUUCACACGGAGUCCGCCUGCAGAGAGGGCAGGGCUAAAGAGGAGACUUGAAGAGUUGUGUUCUGAGAUCGCAAGUUUCAUCUGGGGGUGGCUGUGAAUCGAAGAUGAAGCGAGCACCCAACACCGACGAAGAUCCAACGAUCGAUGGUGAUAAAACGAAGAAGCAGAAGCGCGAAGAAGAAGAAGAAGUUGGGGAGAAGGUGAAUCAGGAGACUGGGUUUGUGCAUCUCGACGAGGAUCUUCUCUUCGAGGUGCUGAAGCACGUUGAUGCACGCUCGCUGGCAAUUGCUUCUUGCGUUAACAAACAGUGGAACAAAACGGCCAAGGAUGAGCGAUUGUGGGAGAUGGUUUGCACCCGACACUGGGCCAACAUCGGCUGUGGCAAUCAGCAGCUGCGCUCCGUCGUCCUUGCCCUCGGAGGGUUUCGUCGCCUUCAUUCUCACUGCCUCUGGCCUCUAUUAAAGCCACCCCCUUCAUUGCUGCAUACUCCGUCUCCACCAGUGCCGUCAUCGUCAUCGUCUUCUCCCUCUCUCUCGUCUUCAUUUUCGGCUCCAAUCAUUCCACCGAAGACACCGGUUCAUUGGGGGAAAGACGAGGUUCAGCUUUCCCUCUCUCUUCUAUCGAUUCGCUACUUCGAGAAGAUGAACGUUAACAACAGAGGCAGAUAAUUUGUGUACUCCCAUCGCCUUUUCUUUUCUUUUUUUUUUUUUUUACCUAAAUUUCAUCUUUUUUAUUUUCUCUUUGUUAUUGGAUUUCUUAUGGGUCUUUUCUUCUUUUAUAUAUGAAUAGAUCUGCACUGUAAGUUUGCCUGUAGUCUUUAUAAUGUGAUCGUUUUCUUGGGUUCUAAUAUGAACUUGCAAGGAUCUAAGUAAGGGGAUGUUGAUUGUGAAAUGAAAAUUAUUUGCUUUUGGGUGUUUGUAUCAUCUAUCAUC